AUGAUUGCGGAAGGCGCCGCCAAUGACGCCGGGGCGGUUCUGGGCGCGGAGUCAAUGUCCAGCGGAAAUGCGGUGUUUCCUCCACCUGACGAUCCGGAGCCUCGAGAUCGCCAGCCAUUUGGUGUGCUGACGCCUAAUCCGCCGUUGCCUGAAGGUCAUCCUGGGGCCAAUGGACAGCGGUUCUUUACCAUCCAGCGAGUUAACGGCAACGGCGCCAAUGGGAAGAAUGACGGGGUCAGCGGUGGGCAUCGGCAUACAUUAGAAGAGAGUGAUCGGGUGAAGAAGAAUAGUGUUCAGCGGUAUUUGCUGAAGGAGGCGAGAGAGAAAAAGAAGGCAAGUUCGCAAUCAAUCAUUCCUGCGUCUCUCUUUCCUUUUCCCCGCUUUCUCACAAGUUGUUGCAUGGUUUCAUUUUCAAUGUUCCUCAGAUCCCUUUUCCAAACACAAAGACAGCGGCUGUUAUCCUACCUGGAAUUUCCCGCCAUUUGUUUACCACCAGCUGUCUAUUCUCGGAGUCUAAUUCAACCCGCCCAAAAGGUCAGGGCAAUGUCUACCCAAAACCAACCUUCGCAGAAGACCUAUCACACAAAAGCCACCGGCUUGGCUGCCCUGACGGUGUCUAACCAUUCCAGCGAGAAUGAAUUGAAACUGUACGGCAGCUGUUUCUGUCCCUUCGUGCAGCGUGUAUGGAUAGCCUUGGAGGCCAAGGGCAUUCCGUAUCAGUAUAUCGAGGUAGACCCCUACAAAAAGCCUCAGUCCCUAUUGGAGGUGAACCCAAGGGGCCUUGUCCCUGCCCUGCGGCACGGAGAUUGGGGGUCACAUGAAAGUACUGUUUUGCUAGAAUAUGUAUCAAACCCCACAACUUUGAAGCGAGUCAAACCAGAUGAGACACUGACACUUUCAUGCAGCUUGAAGACUUGA